CGCAGCUCGGUACGCCGUUAUUACUAUAACGUGGCAUCAAUUGGCCACCAAACCGCUUCGUUUCUGGGUCGUGAUAGCCCCCUUAAACCAUAGUAACAACAUGGCCAGCUAGCUCGCCCAUCAACAGACUCGACAUUUUCCCACCUGUAUACGCAUUGCCGUUCAUCAAAGAUGCGGCUAGGGUGGUACGUCGGGGCCUCGGCGGCGCUCGCUGGCGCCGUCAUCGUGUCCGCCUUCCACCAGCGCGCCAAUUUCUACUCGUCCAUGGUUCAUUUGGCCCAGAGCAGUAUCUCUUUGAUGUCGAUUGUGAACUUGGUAUUCGUUGUCUAUGGCACCUUCAUGUAUGGACUCCAGCGCCUUUUCUUCGGCCCCCUCCGACCCGUCGAGAUCGAGCAACUCUACGAGAAGGCCUGGUUCGCGGUUACCGAGACCUGCCUGGCAAUGACCAUCUUCCGCGAAGAGGUCGGAGCCUUCUUCCUUGUCAUGUUUACGGCUCUCGUUACGGGCAAAGUUUGGGGAUGGAUCGGCGAGGGCCGUGUCGAGGUGCUUGAGCAACAACCCCCCGCGAACCCUCGCCUCUUCCACACCCGUCUCAGCGUCUCACUGCUCCUCAGCAUUGCCUACGAUCUUUGGCUACUCGGUUAUGCCGUCAACACAGUGGUGCAACAGGCGCGACCCACCAUGAUGGUCAUGUUCUUAUUUGAGUUCGCUGUCCUGACAGUGUGCUCGUUCCAGACGGGCCUCCGCUACAUCGUUUCGCUUGUGGAGCAGCGUGUUGUCAAGAUUCAGACCCGCCAACGUCUGGAAGACCGCCGACUCCAGGUCAGGGACGAGAGAGCUGCCAUUCUGAGGCGAAGAGAGACUGGAACCGCCCUUGACACCGAUCCUGAGGAGCUCCCAAGUGAGGACGACGUGGAUGAGAUGGAUAUCGAAGUACCCGGCUGGGAAGCCAAGGGCCAGUGGGUUUUGACAUUGGAUUUGAUCGCAGACUUUGUCAAGCUUGGAAUCUACACGGCAUUCUUCUGCGUCCUGUUUACAUUCUACGGAUUGCCGAUCCACAUUAUCCGCGAUUGGUUUGUAACGACGAGGUCGUUCUUGAAAAGGCUCAGCGCUCUCAUUCGCUACCGUCAAGCAUUGAAGGAUAUGGAUCAGUACCCGGAUGCUACGGCCGAGGAGCUGGGUCGCGAAGAUACCUGCAUCAUUUGCAGAGAAGAAAUGCGACCUUGGAAUCCUGCGGAUGCCAGUCAAGUCGAACGAACCCGCGCAAAGAAGCUCCCCUGUGGUCAUAUCCUGCAUUUUGGGUGUCUCAAGAGCUGGCUAGAACGUCAGCAAGUAUGCCCAACCUGCCGACGCCCCGUCGCCAGAGACACAAACCAGCCCGCUAGAAAUGGCGACGCCAUGGUCUUCCGGCUGGGGCUUAACUUUCCUGCCGGCCAGAACCGGCAGCCUCAGCUACCCCCAAAUGGCCAGCCUGCUGGUGGGCAAGCUGCUCAGGGGGGAGCACCGAAUAACCAGGAGAAUAAUCAGAACCCGGCUGUUAGGAUGUUUAACCUGGGGCCUAUUAGACUCGGGUUUGCCCAGGGUGGUGUCAAUGAUAUUCAAGAUAUGGCUCAACGGCUGGGCAUGCCAGCUAAUGCCCCCAACCCCCCUACAACAACACCCGUGGGUACUACACAGCAACCUAACAGCAACCAACCUCCCAGCCUCGAGCAGAUCAGAGCUCAAUUGUUGGACGUUGCGCAGCGCGUUCAGAUGGACAGGCAAACCCUGAACAACACUGCACACGAAGUGCAAACUCUCCAGUUUGUGCUAAACGAGCUUGGCCGUCUACAGCAGAUGCAACAGCAAUCGCAAGCCUAUCAGCAGUUAAUGCAACAGGCAGCGGCUCUAGGUGUUGGUCCGGGACUGGGGGCUCUGCCCCAUCCCCAGCAGCAGCAGCAGCAGCAACAGAUGCCACAACAUCCUUUUAUGUUCCCUACGCAGCAAUUCCCUCAUCCAUUUGCGCCGAGGCCCACACAACCGGUCACUAGGCAUGGCGGCGCUCACUACGGCAACGCCAUCCCAUCUGGUAGUUCAGACCUGCCUGAUGGACUCGUGAUCCCCCCUGGGUGGUCAGUUCUCCCUCUUCAGCGGUUAGAUGGAGGCGCUCCGCCAGUAGAUCCGCCGCCGCCGAAUCCGCAAGCGUCAUCUUACCCUAUUCGCGACAUUUUGCAGUCUGGUACUCCACAGGUGCAGAAUAGUCUCCAACCAACACCAGCCACCAACCCCACGGCUGAAGUUCCGGGCACAGCCCAGACAGACAGACCUGUGGCGUCCAGUAAUCCUCCAGAGUCAUCCCAGGGGCUUGAUGCACAGAGACCUCCCAUUUCCGAUUCAAGAGUACCGCUAGUCACGGCUCCUACUCCUCUUGCGCCUAACUGGCGGGGGCAGGCUCAACUUUUGGGUGACCAGGCUCAAGGAGGCAUAUUCGGAUUCCAGCGAGCGAACACCCCGGGUACUCAGGACGAUAGAGGGGAGGGUAGUGACGGGCCUGUGGGGGUAACUGGCACGGAAUCAGAGAGCCGCCAAGGGUCUGUCCCAGAGAGCGGCGAUGGUAGUGCAAGCAACAAGGGCAAGGCGAAAGCAGCCACAGUGCAAGACGACGAUGAUGAGGAUUGAUGCGAUGCAGUAGAAGCGGUCAUGGGUUUUGGCAUCAUGGCGUUCGAGGGUUGGUUUGUACUUAACCACAUGUAAAAAAUUCAAUUCAAAGCGAAGCCGCGUGGCAACGAUCUAAGUACCUAGUACUAGGCAGGGCGGUUGUUUUCAGUCUCCUCGAGUUCAACUAACAGGAACCUGAUAAGCCCCGUACCAGCGUGCUACUACUAUAUCAUAUGUUAUAUCAUACUUGCGGAAUAAGUGGUAUUGGGGUUUGUCCAAUGUUUGAUAUAAAUGGUCCGGCACAUACCGAUGCCACAUUUGCUAGCCAAUACACAUCACAUCACAGGCUGCAAGCACGUUUUUUUCUCGAAGUCCGAGUGUUUAGGCUGGACUACUAGUACUUUACCUUCAAUUCUUGGUUUACCAGACAGGUGAGGCAG